AUGAUGGGUUUGAUUAAUUGUUACAGUGAGUUUUCAGUUCAAGUUUCUGAAUCUUCAUCAUGUUCAAGUUACAAGAAUGUUUCCUCCUGUGUUUCUCCGAAUUUACCCCCCUCGAUCCUAACCGCCGCUACGAAUCUAUACAAAACCACCCUCUCAACUGGCAAUCACCACCUGAUCACCGUCACAUGGUGUCGGAACGCCACGACCCAAGGCCUCCAGAUAAGCUCCGGUGACGAUCCCACCAUGGCUUUCCGUCUAAACACAAAUUCAAGAUUAUUUCGGAAGAAAAAGGGCAGCAAAGCGUUCGAAAUCAACAACUCCAAGUUCGAGGUUUUCUACGAUCUUUCUUCGGCGCAAUACCAUGCCGGAGCAGAACCAGUUGAAGGGUACUACGUUUUGGUGAUGGUUGAUUCCGAGCUGGCGUUAUUCGUCGGAGAUAUGGCGGAGGAAGCCGUCGUGAAGAAAGUCAAAACCAGCAAACAAACGGCGAAAUUCUCCCUACUUUCCCGCCGGGAACAUUUUUAUGGCAACACCCUUUACGCUACAAAAGCUCAGUUUUCCGAUGCCGGAACUUGCCAUGAUAUCAUGAUCCAGUGCACCGGAGACGACGACGGUGUAAAGUACCCAUCUUUAUCGGUUUCUAUCGAUAAACGGGUCGUGAUUCGGGUCAAGAGGCUCCAAUGGAAUUUCAGAGGGAACCAAACCAUAUUCGUUGACGGGUUGUCAGUGGAUCUAAUGUGGGAUGUUCAUGAUUGGUUCUUCAAUACCGGGUCUAGAUCCGGAUCCGGUUCGGGUCAGGCAGUUUUUUUGUUCAGAACACGAAAUGGGUUGGAUAGCCGGUUAUGGUUGGAAGAUAAAGUGAAGAAGAAAGAGUUUUCUUUAUUAAUAUACGCGACGAAGAGUUAA